AUGCAAAAUCAACGAGAGCGCUUUCAUCUAAACCUUGAUCCUGCAGAGAUUGAUGCAAUGAGUCCAGAGGAAUUGAAACAGAAAGUUCCUAAUCAAGCAGAUGAAGCUCUCAAGCUCAGACUCAAGAAGUACGGAAUGAAACAAUGUAAAGUGGAGUCCAAGAAUUUUGCUGAUUGCUCCAAAGACAAAUUAUUGUCUAUUGCAGUGAAGUGUAAAGAUGAGCUGCAAGCACUUACAGAUUGUAUUACCAUUUAUUUAAAUGAAGACAACAUGAACAAGAUGAGGAGAGCGUAUUUGAAAGGAGAGCUAGUUAAAAAGCAUAACAUAACGGACCUACGGGGUGAACUGAAUCGAAGGUUAGAGGAAAGAACAAAGUCAACAUCAACACAGGAAAAUGUUUAA